CUGGUAGUGAACUUACUAUUUUAUAUUUGUCGCGUAGCAGUUAAAAAGCGUUUAUUAAAUUUAAAAAAUAUACCUUUCAGCAAGAACACGGGCAUGUUAAUAUUAUUAGUGAAAUAUAAGUAACAAAGUGCAAUUAGUGAAAACUACAUAAGAGUGACAAUCUAAUUAGAAAAUUUCCCAUUGUGCAAGUUAUAAAUAUUUUCCAAUUGGUUUAACUUGGUACUGGACUCAGCCAUUUGCCGUCGAUCGUGUCGCGUUUUGUUGCUUUAGUGGUUAGUGCACAGAGCAGAAAACGAAUUGGCAAAGUUGGAAAAGUGUGUAAACGAAAAGAGCAGAUCUAAAAAGUCGAAUUCUUGUAAAGGUUCACCCAACCAACACAACCAGUGCACAAACAACAUCGGCUGAUACCAACUGGAUUUUUUGAUUGAAUUCCUAUAUUCGGUCUGUUGGGUGUUUUCAGUCACUUUUCAGUUCUUUUGUUUAUUGAAAACAACCAAUAGAUAUUAGAAAUUUCACUASAAUAUAAAAAUUUGGGACAAAAUUUUCUGCAAACUAAUUAUUUGAUCGGUGAACCAAUGCAAAMGUCUUAAAAAUUGAAACGAGUUUAGUGUGUGUGAUAUAUAAUUGAGUAAAUACAAAUAAGAUCUUUGAUUUGCCAAAGCAGUUGCAAGUUACACGAAUUGCAGGGCUUACUGAGCUAAACAUCCCGGUGAAACGUGAAUUAUAAUUAAAAAAAAAAAAAAAAUAGCAUCCGUAGGUGACACUAUAGUGCGCACGCGCGAUCCACUGCAUCAACAGGCGAAUAAACAACGAAGCAAGGGAAUACUAGUAGCCGCAAACAAACACUAGAAGAAAGUCGCAAAAUGAAUAAAACUUGUGCUCGCUGUCAGAAAGUGGUGUAUCCCAUCGAAGAGUUGAAAUGUUUGGAUAAAACAUGGCACAAGACAUGCUUCAAGUGCACAGAAUGUGGCAUGGCAUUGAAUAUGAAAACAUACAAAGGCUUCAACAAACUGCCAUACUGUGAAGCGCACAUUCCAAAGGCCAAAGCAACCGUCAUCGCGGACACACCCGAACUGAAGCGAAUAGCAGAGAACACAAAAAUCCAAUCCAAUGUGAAGUAUCACGAAGACUUUGAAAAAUCUAAAGGCAAAUUUACACAGGUCGCCGACGAUCCCGAAACAUUGCGAAUCAAGCAGAAUACAAAAAUCAUCUCGAACAUUGCGUAUCAUGGCGACUUGGAGAAGAAGGCAGCCAUGGAGAAGCAGCGCGAGGCAGCUGAGAUCGCCGACGUCCGAGAGGAAACGGAGUAUUUCUCUGAAACAUUGGCUGCCGAACAGUUCUCACAAUAUGCUCCCACACCACCAAUAGCAGCAGCUGCAGCGGCCGCCGCAACACUGCCACCGCCACCGAUACAGCACCAGCCCCUCAACACGGCCGUCAUUGUGUCCAGCACUCAGGCAGCGGCCAGCAGCGGCAGUACACACAUUUACAAUAGCCAACAACAACAACAACAACAACAACAACAACAACACCAGCAGCAGGCACUGCAGCAGCAGCACACUCAAAGUCACAAUCACAGACAGCAAACACUGCAAUCACAACAGCUACAGCAACAACAACAGCAAGCACAGCUGCACAAGCAGAACACACAUGCACACUAUCAGGCGCCGCCGCCAGCACAGCAACAACAUCAAAAUUAUCAGGCACAACAGCAGGCAUCACAACAACAACAACAACAACACUACCAACACCAUCCACACCACCACCUACAACAACAUGCACAACAUGGCCAACAACACGAACAAUACCAACAUUACCAGCAGCCACAGGCGCUACGCCAACAAUAUCACCAGCAACAGCAGCAACUGUUGCAACAGCAACAACACCACCACCAACAGCAGCAACAACAACAAAUGCUGCAACAGCAACAGCAACAACCCAUUAAACAAACAUCACAUUUGUAUCCAACAGCGGCAGCAAAUCAACCAAUCCAGCCGCACCAACAACAACAACAACAAUCGUCAAACACGUACAAUCAACUGCGUUCGGCAAUACUGCACAAUUCGCAUCACCCAACUGGUGGCGCACAAGCCGCGCACCUCAACGAGAAUAUGACCAGCGGCGGCGGCGGGGGCGGCUUCGGCAGCGGGACCAACAGCGCCGCCUAUGACCAGUAUGACAACUACACGAGCGCCGCCACGGCCAACAGCAACAACAAUAGCAACAAUAACCACUUGAGUUAUCAACAACAACAACAGCAGCAGCAGCAGCCGCAGAAGACCGCCUCGUAUCACAGCAACAGCAACGCGGUCAGCGCCGCCAACGCCAACAACGGUGCCAUCGCCGGCACUGGGCACGGCGGUGGCCCGCAAGCGACCCAGCAAAUCUACACCAGUAACAACUACAACAGUCACUUCUCGUCAAGCACAUCGUUGGGCGGUGCACCAGGCGGGCUGACGCAUCACAACAGCAACGGCGCCGUCAGCACCGGCGCAGCCAUUGGCGGCAGCAACAGCAAUCACAGUCACCCAAGUGUUGGCAGCGGCGGCCUGGUGAAUAACGGCAGUGCAACAGCCGGCGCGGUGAAUAGCAUUGGAAAGAUUGCCGACUACGAUCCGUUGACCGAUGGGCCACGCCCCAUGCCCAACACCGGCCGACCCAGUACAACGCUCAUUUACAGCUCGGACAGCCGCGGUUCGGUGAACAACGCCUAUCCGAAGCGCAUCGGCUCCAUAGCUGACAUAGACCCUGCCAACGGCAUUUAUAGCUCCUUGGCCGGUGAGACGGCAUCGCAUCACCAAUUGCAUCAGCAACAGUCGCAACAACAACAACAACAUCAGCAGCAACAGCAACAACAACAUCAACAACAGCAAUUAUUACAUCAACAGCAGCAACAGCGGGCGCUCCAGCAGCAGCAGCAGCAACAGCAACAGUAUUAUCAACAAAUGAUGCAACAACAACAAUCGAAGUCAAAUCUGCGUGUGUAUCGUGCACUGUACGAUUAUGAGGCCCAGGACACCGAUGAAGUGAGCUUCCGCGAAGGCGACGUUAUCUUUGAGGUGGAGUCAGCCGAUUCCGGUUGGAUGACCGGCCGCGUCGAACGUACUGGCAAGACCGGAAUGCUGCCCGCCAACUAUGUGGAACAAGCUGUUAUAUAAUAGGGAAUGUUAUAUUAUUGUUGUUGUCAUCAUCAAUUUGUUGUAAUACUAAUUUGUAUCCUUUAUUUGGUAGUCGUCUUAAUAUUCUUCAUUAACAUAUUUAUAGCUGAUAGCAAUAAUGAUUAUGAUGCCGAUCAUUUGAAGAAUUUCGAUGAUGAUGAUAACUACCACAGCCACAAUCACCACCACCACCACAACCAU